CGCAUUCCUGAUCGUAAGUCCGAAACCCACACGUGCACCCAAGAGCGCCCAACUCGGACACCGCUGCUCGGCAUAUCGAACAUAUUCUUACUCCGUUUCCGAUCCUCUACUACACCAUCACCACCACAACAUAACGUACCACUGUCUUACAUCUGAUCCACGUUCUCUGUCAUUGCGCAGCCUACCUUCACGUUUCUCCCUUGCUCUGGCUACUCCUCGAGCCAUGUCUUUCGCGAUAGAACCCUUACAACCCGCGGACCUCGACGCCUUCAUCACCAUCUGGUGGGAUGCUUUUGAGCCACUCCCGGCCAAAAUGCUCUACCCGCAAGUAUGUCCACGCGGCCUCACGCCCGACCUGAUCGCACGCAAGCGCUGGCGCAUCUCACGCCGAGACAACGAGACCUCCUUCUGCUUCUGUGCCCGCGACACCGCAACCAACGAAAUCCUAGGCGUGACGUGGUGGUCACUAGUCAACGAUGCUCCGAACACGCGGGAGGAAAUCGACGCGGCUUUCGUCAAAGCGCGCGAAGCCAGAUACGCCGGGCCGCAGGUCGAAGGCAUGAAUCUCGCCCUCUACGAGGUGUUCGUCCAUAAGACUUUCUACCUCGAGGCGGAGAUUAUGGCGGGUCGGGGGCCGUACGUUAGCUUCUCCGUCCUGGCUACCGACCCCAAGCACCAGCGCCGUGGUGUCGGUGCUGUGCUGCUGAAGCAGUGCCUCGAGAAAGCGGACAGUCUGGGUUUGCCGGUGUUCUUAGAGUCCGGUGUGAAUGGCAGGCCGUUGUAUGAGCGGCAUGGCUUUGAAGUGAUACGGGACUUUGGCUUUGACCCUCGUGACUAUGGAGGAAGAUCGGAUGCUCCGCAUUGGUGCAUGCUGCGGCCGGCGAAACGAGUCGAUUAGAAUGCAUCCUCGUAACAGUCAUUGCCAAUAUAGUAUUGCCAUCU